AUGACGUCAUUGUUGAUAUUAAACCGCGUGAAGUCGCUCUUUGGACUCUUCAAGCAUUUUGCCAAUUGGAAGAUGAGGUCCGCUAUCUUAGCCUUUGCCCAGGCGUCGCUGGUUUCGGUUGCCUUGGCUGCUCCCGCGCCAACGGUCUUUGCCAAUGCCGAACCGGCCGCGCCCGUCAUCACUCCCUCCCCGGUGGAGAAUCUUCCCUCUCCGGUCGUUGCUCGAAACAUCCUGAGCGACGUGGAGUCUGAUGUCGACAAUGUUCUUUCAGGGCUUGGAUCGGGCCUACCCUCGUGGGUUGCAUCUGGAGUGCCCAACUUCUUCCAAGGGUUCCCUACUGGUGAUUCCGUGGCAAGCUCCCUUGGACUUGACAAGAGCGACUUGGCAGCACUGCCAACUAAUGUGUUGAACAUCGAUCCGUAUGCCAACUGGACGAACUCGGGCUGGAAUGUCCGUUUCCACGGAAAUGUCUACAAACAGCCCAACACCUCUGUCUCCACCCUGAACAAGCUUGCCAACGUUUUCCUGGUCAACACCAGUAUCUCGGACUUGCCCAAAUCCCAGGCCGACCAGGCUCGCAAUCUCACUGCUGAGAUCUUCGUUGUGCAACAGCCAGAAGUUGCUGUGAACACUAUCCACCUGGAACCUGCAGCGGGCCAGGGCUCCAGUGGACAGCCAGGCGGUGGUGGAUCGACCAAUACCACCGGUGGCACGCAGGACCUUACGCUACCUUACAACACAACCGUGGAGGGUGACUUCGACACCUUCGUGCCCAUCAAGAGCAAGGGACUCACCGCAGGAAAUGAAACAUCAGCCAUUCAGAGACUCGAUGUCCACGUCAAGAACGCCACGAUUGGAAACAGUACUGCUUACCUGGUGCCCCCGAAGGGAGUCACCAUUGUGUCCGACAUUGACGAUAUUCUGCGUGUGACCAAGAUCUACCAACCAGAGCAAGGGUUGCUCAACUCCUUCGCUCGUCCAUUCACAGCCUGGGAAAACAUGCCAGACAUCUACCGCAACUGGUCCACCAGCCUUCCCGACUUGCAUUUCCACUACCUCACCACGACCCCGGAGCAGAUUACCCGAAACUACAUGGAAUUCAUCUACAAAAACUUCCCCGGUGGAUCAUUCGACACCCGUCCACUGAACUUCAGCGACGUCUCCGCCACUCUGUCGAUCCGCAAGUUCUUGCUUCAGAAGGUCUUUGAGACUUUCCCCGAGCGCAAGUUCAUCUUGGUCGCCGAUACAAGUAACAGUGAUGUCAUGCGUGACUACCCAAAGAUGGCUACCGAGUUCCCCGGAAAAGUCCAGUGCAUCUGGCUCCGUAACACCAGUGCCACCGACCCGGGUGACAAGUUUCCUUACGACACCUCUGGCUUCAAGUCCCUGAACCAGACCAAUUACAUGUUCUUCCGCCAUGCGGAUGACCUGUCCAACUUGGAUAUCGCCAAGGGAGAGUGCUACAACACCUCCAUUCCCCAGAACCUGACCUUCUCAUACCAGGGACUACCUGGUGGUGUUGGCACCAAGCCAACAUCGGUCAAUGGCUCGGCAAACCACACUGGCGCUGCUAGUGGGGAUCUGAAGGGGAGUGCUGAGACCAAGAGCAUCAUGGCUCUGGUCGCAGCGAUGGCCACGGCCACUUUUAUGUUUAUGUAA